AUGAAUUUAGAUGAACUAAGAGAUAUUGCUAUUCUCAUGCAUAAAAUUAUGUCGAUUGACAUAGUACAAUCUCUCUGGAUAGUCUACCGAAAAUAUGGUAUGGAAGAAAUACAAUCGAAGCGACCAAUCAAUGUAUCUGAUGCGAAAUUUUGGCCAAAAGAAGUUUCAUCACUCAUGAAAAAGUUAAAAAAUGAUAAUAUUAUUGAUGAAAGUAGUUGUUUAAUUUUUGCCAAUCAAUGUUUACAAGAAUUGUACAAUAAAAAGGAACAUUAUCGACACGAAUUAAAUGUCAAGACCACUCGUUUAUCUGGUUAUAACUUUAGCAUGGAAUAUACUAUUGAAAAAUUUGUACAACAAGGACUUUAA